AUGGGCUCUGUCUGCGGCAAGGAGAAGGGGGAUAACUUCGACUCCCCGGGUCGCCCGCUUGGCACCGCUCCCCCGCCCCAGCCAAAGACCGCACCGAUUCCCGCCAGAGUUGGCGGUCCACCACGGACACUCGGCGGCGGUAGCGGCGGCGCAUCGGGUCACCAAUCGUCUGCCGGUGCGGAUGAAGCGCGGCGCAAGGCCGCAGAGGCAGCCGAGGCUCGAGCAAAAACCGCAAACAAGUCAACCGGGAAGCUCUCCUCGCAAUUGAACGCGCAGAAGAAGCAAACCCAGAGCGACUUACUCAAGGAUGCCAGCACCCAACAGCUCAGACAGCGCGAUGCCGAUGCCGCUGCAGAGGCUAGGACGUACAACUAA